CUGACGACAUAACCCCGCCAAACUCGAACAUGAACAAAACCUCCACUGCAUCUAUUUGAGCACCUUGAUCAGAGAGAGAUUCAAUCUGGCAUGGUAAAUCAACACGUUUCGGCUUGUUUCUUUUGAAAAACGACAUUUUUUACAACUAGCAUCUCAGUAGUUUGAAAUGGAUUAUCAACGCCGUAUUACCUCAUAUCCUUUGAGAAUACUUUGCUUUUUUAAUCUGGUUUGUUCUGUGUUGUUGUCUAGCUGUCCUCCUACCUGUGACUCAGGCUUCAUCAUUAACAAGUGUAAGUGUGUCCCUUGUCCCGAUGGCUACUACUGGUACAAGCUUAAUGGCCGUCCUAAGUGUGACUUCUGUACUGAAGCCUGCUCAGUUGAUCGGCACUUGACACAGGUGAAGGAAUGCCGCCGGGACUCAAACCGGGAGUGCCACUGUGACAGGGGCUUUUUCUGUGCCAGCACUGCCCAGUAUACCUGCAGGAGGUGUAAACCGUGCGUGUCUGGCACCUUCUCCAACACAGCAAACCUAGCCACGUCCUGCAAACCCCACACAGUUUGUGGCCAUAAGGGAAUGAUCAUGGUAACAGAGGGCACUGCCUCUCAGGAUCGUGUGUGUGCCCAGACUUCCCCCACCUCUCCUACAACUACUGCACCUCCACCUGCUCAAAGCUCAAAGAUGUCCCUUCGUUCUGCUAUAUCCAGUGGUGUCGGCACCAACAGAGAACUCCUCAUCGCGAGAUCCGCAUCUCGACUGGUUUGGUCUCCUGAGGACGUUCUCAUCAGGUCCUCUCUGUCCCAAGCCAGGAGAGACCCCUCCAUCUCCCUCCCAACCAAGCUCACCACCAGGAGAAAGCCAUGCAAGGUGGACAGUGACACCUCACCUGCAGAGUCUGCCUCUGCACCCCCUCUUACCACAAAAGACAAUGACUCACCUCAUCUCCCAGUCCCAGCCUCUGGACAGAGCCCUCCCAGUCUCCCUUUGCUGCUGCUGAUAGUUGGGCUCCUAGGGGUCACUCUGCUGCUGAUUGGUUACUUUGUGGGGUGUAGGGGGAGGUCACUGGAGUCCAUGCACAAGUGGAAAGGUCCAAUAUUUGGGAAAUAUAUUUGUAAGGAAAGUCUGAGAGGGAGCUAUAAAGCGUGGGAGUGCCAGCCUUGUCCUGCUGCCCUACAGACGGCUUCCUAUAAGCAGGCCAAGCUGCCAAAGGAGAGAAUCCCACACCUGGAGGCCCAGCAUCUUCUGGGGAGGGAGACUGGGGGAGAUCCUAGACGGGAGGGUACAGGGUCACAACCUCCAGGGGGCAUGCAGAAUGUCUCAGUAGAUCCCUCUGGAGGUGAAAACAUUAGCAACAUAGUAGGGUCCAUAUACAUCUACUCUCCAGGGACGGUUGUCCUGGGAUCCAACAAAUCAGACAGGGAGGGGGAUCAAGGGGAGAGUGGAGGAGAGGGCUGUCCCCUCACCAGCAAGCCCCAGCAGGAGUCCUCCUACCCACUCCCUUGGGGCUCCGCUCUGGGGCCAGAGAGAAUGAUUACGCCGAAGGAUACCUGCAAAGAGCUGAGCUACCCCGUCCCAGCCACCAGCAAUUGAAAACUAUUUAAAAAAUGGUGAGGGGGUGUGAGGGGGAGCAGGUUCAGUCAAUAUCAUACUGUCUCUGGGAGAGUGGAGACUGAAUAUUAUUUGCUACUGUAAAGACAGACUGAAUUGCAAAAUCCACUGGGGUCUAUGGGCCUUCUAUUAUUAAAGAGUGACAACUUGUUUGAACUGCA